UUUUAGUCCUGAGCUAACGCUAGCAAGUCUCAUUACCACUCAUUACCUUCCCCUCAAACAGUACACGGCGUCCACGCCAUCGAGCAUCAACAACGGAAAAUUUCAAUCGUCAUCACCUCCAACUGAAAAACCCCCAAAAACAAAUCCUAGAAAUGAAAUUCAGUGAAUUACCCAAUUACCCAACCGCGACCUAAAUCAGUGAUAAGUGUUUGCGAGUAAUUGUCAGAAAGAAAUAGAAAUGCAAGUGGCCAUGAGAUAGUAAUCCUCCAAUCUACGACGAAUAAGUGUAUAAUUUUUUUUUUUGUAUUGAAUUACGUAAAGUAGAUUCUAAGAGACUCGAUAACGAAUUACGUUUUGAUAGUGAAUAUCGUGAAGAUUGGAAUAUAUUGACAGAUAAAAGAAAAUAAUCCAGACAAUUGACAACAUGUGGCAGCAAUCGAGUGGAGCUGAUGCGUCAGGAAAAAACAUGUACAGUGGAAAGCAGGAUGAAGAUUCCGGAAUAGUUGACUCUGGUUUUCUCUCAGGGCCUAUUCCAGUAUCGAGUGAUAUCAGUGAGGAUAUCAGUGGUGAUAUUGAGCCACCGAGGGUGGAGGACGAGCCUCAGAAAUUGGUUGGAGAAGUUGAAAACGAGGGAUCAUCCAUGAGAGUCGACAGUGGUGUUGAUCUUGGUCUGAGUGAGAGUCUCAGUCAGUUGAGUAUAAAAAAUGUCAAGUUGAAUCAACUUGGGGGGCGAGAAAGGACCGAUAGUAUUCAGCCUGAACCCAUCCUGGAGCCAAUUGUCGUCGAGGUCGAGGAGAAACAACACAGACAUGAGGAAGAGGAACACAUCGAGCCCUGGCAGCUGUAUUAUAUCCAAGAUAGCGAUGGGGAUACUCAACUCCACAUUGCGAUAAUCCAGGGCUUCUUGGAGGCAGCAGCCUUCAGUCUGAUAAAAAUGGUGCCACAUCCGUGUCUCUUAGACAUCAUCAACGACGAUGGUCAGGCCCCAUUACAUCUUGCGGUAUUAACUAAACAACCGAGAAUCGUCAGACGCCUGAUUCUUGGAGGUGCUGAUCCCUCAUUGAGAGACAGCAGGGGAAAUACAGCACUCCAUCUGGCUUGUGCUGCUAAUGAUCUAGCAGCUGCCAGGGCACUCACUGAUUCAUUGGCACCCAUCGAACGCAAUCAUCUCGGUGUCCACAAAAAAAUUCCAGCUUUACCCCAGAAUUUGGAGCAAAUCAACUAUCAAGGAGAAACUUGCUUACACGUGGCAGCAGCGAAGAAUCAGGUCGACCUAGUUCGUCUUCUUCUGAGACUGGGAGCAGAUUUGGAGGCGAGGGAAGGACUCUCCGGCAAAACAGCAUUACACAUUGCUAUUGAAAAUGGCUGUCACUCAGUCGUAUCAUUUCUCCUGAGAGAAUGCAGACCCUGUCUUGAUGCCGAAAAUUAUGCUGGACUGACUGCUUAUCAGAUUGCAAUCUGUCUUGACAGCCAACUCGCCACUGAUCUAGUUAAACUCGGUGCAACCCCUGAACCUCUCCCUGAAUCCGACUCAGAAGGUAGUGAGGAUUCAGCUGACGAGGACGACGUGUACCUGAUGCCGAGACUAGGACCCAGAAUUGGUGUCAGAGUCUGAUUUUAGACAAUUUCAAGUGCCGAAUUGCGGAGGACUCCUUUAUGCUUGCAUGAAUUUUUUUCUGAGAUCAUAUUCUUGGAUCUUUAACUGGAAUUGAAUGAAAAAUAGAUAUCCUUGCAAUUCAGGAUUGAUUCGUAGAAAAUGAAAACACUCCAAACUUCUGGAAAAAUAAACUAUUUUCGUGUGAAGUUGUUAAUGUAAAUUUGAGGGAAACUUUUUCAUAUUUAUUAAUGACGAAUUGUUGUAAUAAAUAGAUUGUGCUCUAACAUUUUGGGUGAGCACACGAAAGGUGAAUAUCUUUAAAUUAUUAACUUGUCUCAUCGUUUGACUGGGAUCCGUCCAGUUCCAUCUUAUAUUGCGUUUAUAUUAUUAUUGAUAAUCUAUACUCCAAAUCGCCUGUUGGCCUCGAACAAGUGAACGGUCAAAUCUAGAAUAAGAGGUGUGUCAUUUCGUGACGAGUUUGUGGAAUGACUAUUGCCAAUUUAAAUUGUACAAGCUUAAUUGACCUGUUGAGGGAGUUUUAGGUUUAGAUCAAGACAAUUCUCAUUAUUCGUUCAUAAAAGUUAAUACACUCUGUACAAUAUCAUCGUGCGAAUAUUGUUCAAUCUCAUCAGACAUUGUAUAAAAUCAUGUUGUAUAUGAAACUAUUAUUCAUUUAUGUAAUUGAGUCGAGUAAGAAUUACAGAAUUGAAGAUUAUGGAGUA